AUGGUUCGGGCCGCGCUAGGGGUCGUUUACCUCCUAGCGUCAGCCACGGCAAAUGGAUGGAACUUGUUGCAGCUUGGACUGCUGACUGGUACCAACUCCUCCGACGAUCUUAGAAACCGAACAGAAGCAGGCCCAAGGGACCGAGGCGGGCCAUCCCGCCCGGAUCCUGGGCUUGGAGGUAACGGAACUUGGGACUGGUGGAGUGUUGCCUGGGAUGGCGCCUACCAUUACGUCGGAAACAGCUGGUGGAUCAAAAUGUGGGUACGGAUGCUGUUACAGGUUGCGGAGAAUGGGAUAAGCUAUUGUGGGACUCUUUGUGCCUCAAUUGGCUUAGCUGCCCGAUGGAGCUACUGGCUCCUUACCGGGAUGGUCCUCGUCUUCUUGCUCCAGUUGCUUGUAUGGACCUACACGUGGGUCAUUCAUCCGACUUGGAUUCACUCCAGGGCCCUCUGGCGAUACUGCCAAGGGACAGGCACUUGGAGCGAUGUGACACGCUUGCAGGGGCAGAGGCCUUUCAUACCCGUGUGGAAAGGGCCGGGUGCAGGGACACCAUGGUCCGCCUUGUACAUCCAGCGCGAGGUACGGGGAAGAGGACCGAAUCAGAAGCCAUUCGACCUCUUAGUUGCAGACGGAGUUGCUGUAGCGAGGCUUCGUCAUGGGACUAUAAGGGGAAGAACGAAUCGGCACGGUUUCCUCUGCCAGUGUGAAGAAGUUCGAGCCUCGUCGCAUCGAUACCUCCGUCACCACAUAGAGACUGCCAACUGCGCUGUCCACCUGUGCGCUCAAGACCCUUGCACCGCCCCAGAAGUUGCGCAGGUGCAUAUCAGGGCCAGCGCAACGGUCCCGCAGGACCGAGAGGUCAACCUGCAGGAACUAGCAGGAAGAGGGCCCUGGGGACGGUGCGCGGUGAUCACAAGUUUUUGCGGGAUACUUUGGUGCCGCUGUUUCGGCCGCAGCAUGGCAAGAUGCGGCCGAGCUUGGUGCUGGUGUCUGUGGUGCCGGUGUUGCCGUACGAGGCGAGUUUCUCGCCCGGAGCGCGGCACAGGGUACCAGGGCCAAAAACACGAAGAUUCUGAGACGGAAUCCGAGGCGGAACUAGGCCCCACGGGGCUGCAUUGUCAAGCGGACCAGGUCGCCCUAGACAACUACGGCAAGGUGGUUCCUCUUGCUGCUGGACCUUGCAGAGACGUGGCCCGAGGCUGUCCCGUUGUGCUUCUACAAGCUGACCGAUCCAACAGCUGUCUUGAUGGGUUACCAACCACUGAAGGCGGCGACCCAUGCUUUCAUGCCUGUGAGUACCACAGGUCCAUGUACCAGGGCUCGCUCCUGGGUCGAGCAUGUGCGGUGAAGGGGUGCUUGCAGCCAGUCACAGGGACCAGGAAGGGGGUCAACUUUUGCAAGUUGCACGGAGCCACAGAGGAGAAGCCCCGGGCCAAAACCGCACCUAGGGCAUGCGAGGCUUCACCGCCCCAGGUGGAUACCGGCCAAAGGUCAGAGACUGCGCGUCAACCAGAGAGACCAGAAGUCAACGCAAUGCAGGGCGCGGUGGCUGACAGGGCAGACCUUGCUGAGCUCCUGGUCGAGCUGCUCCAGGGCAAAGAGGCAGAGGAAGCGUAUCAGGCCCUCUCUGCCAGGAACCCGGGGGACGGCAAGUGGAAGCAUCCUGGGUUCCAGGACUCGUUGACUUCCCUGGCGAAGGCCUAUGUGCAACAACACAAAGACUUGGAAACCCGAGAAUCACCCGCCUGGAGAGCGCUCAACCGCCUUGCGCAUCCCCCUGCCGUAUGUCAAGAACCCGAAUACGACCCGGUAACUCGGAUGCUGGAGGCCACGUUGGAGAGGCCCACAGAAGAAGAGAAAUCCGACACGCCAGCCCCACGGCUGGGGAGGCCGGCCUCGGCUCCUGCGAGUCAUUUCCCGGGUCCUCGCACUUCCGGUGAGCUCGCUGCGAGCUUGUUUCGCCCUAAGAGCGAGAUCGAUUCUGCCCUGCCGCGCCCGAGGCUUGUUUCGAGCCCGGGAGCGGUUGGAACUUUCCCAGGAAUGUCCGGUCCAGCAGGUUCCGGAGGGAUACAAGGUUUGCAUGCCUUCCGACCCUUUCAUGCUGGAGCAUAUACCGAUCCGGGACCUCCGGCCCUCGAUGAAACUUCAAAGGCUCUGCAGACAAUCGCAAAAGUUAUGGCGGCGAAGGAAGACCCAGCUGCCCAAGAUCGAGGGAAGCUGUCCUCGAUCGGCAGAACAGAAAGGAUGCUGUACCUGGCUAGAGGGUGCGACACGCUGACGGUGCACCUUGGGGAAGCCACGGUCGGAAAGGAGCUGUACCAUGCCCUAAAGUCUGUAGCGACGCAGAACCGGCCCUUGUUGAGAGAAAUCAGCUUCCCGGUGAACAUUACCAACCGCAUCGCCUUUGGGGCUGCCUCCUUCAGUUUCGGAGGCAAAGGUAAUCCGCCUGACUAUUGCCUCACGGUGGCCGAUUUCGCCCAGACCUCGGAGGAGGAGUUUGACUUGUUUAGCCCGCCUGGGGAUAACAAGUUGGAAAAACGGGCGCGGAAUCCCACUACUCUGUCCAAUUGGUACAGAAAUGCUCUGCGCCAAGCUUGGGCCAUGGCAUGUAUCCUGGGGGCAGAGUACUAUGGCAGUUGGGAAAAAGCUGCGGCACAACUCCUUAAAUUCGGGGAAGAAUAUGCCCAUGCGUGGCCGUUGCACUCGGUCAUGAGUGUGUGGGAGGAGCUUUGGGCCCGCUUCACGGAAGAGUUGAGAGCGCUCGAUCGAAGGGCCAGGCGAGAAAUGCAAGACGAGAGCCCUAGCUUUGACCGUCUUCGGUUUUUCGCCACAUCCCCUGGAGAAAAUGGCGAACCCUGGCUCCGGCUGCCUCAAACUUUCGACCUUCAGGCGCCAGGAGAGUACUUCCAAACGGAUAUUGUUCCUCGCCAACAGCGCAUGUUGGAUCGUGCUUGCUGGUCAAUGGCCCUCAAGAGACCGUCACCACUCACUGGCGGACGAGCUGGAGCUGAAGAUAUUGGCGGACCAGACAAAGCGCAACCUUCCGCUCCCAACCCUAGGAACCCACGGGCUGGAGGCAAAGGGAGUGCCCCUGGCGCUAACACUGCCGCCAAGGAACCCGCCCCCCUCCUGGGAAAUGCUCUGACCAGCAAAGAGGCGGGCCGCUCCAUGGAUCACCGCCCGAAGGACAAAGACGGGAAGUAUCUGUGUUGGGAUUACUUUUCCCACCGCAAGUGCAACAAGGGAAAGGAUUGCCCGUAUUCGCACCACGGCAACGCACCACGCUGGGACACCCUCGAUUGGAGCGUGCAGAUGCAACUCUUGCGACGAGGCGGGCAUCCCGCCCGUCCGAAACUCAAAGGGGACCAGGUGGACGCCACCAUCGAAUCCAUCCGAAAGGAGCAAGCCCAGAAGCUAGAGUCCAACAUUCAGGAAGGCAAAAGAGCGAAAGAGAUGGCCAAGCGGACCGGGGGCCCUCCUCCUCAGGAUGCCUCGACCCAGUACCGGGAAGACACCCGAGCUGGCUGGACCCCAGCGCCCGCGGCGCUAGCCAAUUUUGCCGCCACUGAUAUGGAAGACCCCCUUGCUCGACUUAUGACAGGAGAAGCUGCUGCAAGUUGGACCCUCGACCACGCGCCCCCCGCUGUGCGCACGGUCACUUACCGGGAGUCACCCGAUUCAGCCGAGAUCCAAGCCAAGCGUCACUGCAUGGACGAGAUUGACAGCAGCGGCCUUCUCCCAGAUCUACCCCAGCAUCUGGGCACCUAUCUGCGCAACCGGCUAACAGCCGUAAACAACCGGGCUCCAACCGCUCACGAUGUUCAAGAAUUCCUCGAGGACGCUAUCCGAGAAGGCAGUGCCGAACUUGCUUCGGAAGCUACUGACUAUCUCCAUAAUCACCCUGACACGCAUGUCGGGUCGCGAGAGGGCCGCGGAGCAUUGGGGCAAUUCUCAGUACACGGCUUCGACGGGUACUCCUGGGCGACCUUUCGCUGGAGAGACGGUGACCAUGCAGUCUAUGACUACGGCGACCAGCUUGCGCCCGUGCAUCCUGAGCUACAACCUCUGCAAUGUCCCAAACCAGAAACGGAGCCCCGACAGUGCUUCUACCUGCAUGUGGCGGCUGGCCUUCUGGCCCAUACCGCGAAUCGUGUGCCCGCUCUCUCUGAGGUCCGCCUCAAAGCGGCAGCCUUACAGGAGGAAACUUUCCGCCUGGCUCUGGCUUGCGCGGAAAAUUUGGGCCCGGAACCUGACAUUUGCACUCAAGCUGAAGAAGACUUGCGCAUCUUCGUGCACGACGCUCUCUUCUUCGGCCACGACAAGGAUUACCGGUGCUUGGCAGCCUUUCCCCUGGCAGAGGCCGCAGAAGUCUCGUUCUGUCUCGUCCGCAUGGACGCUUGGAACCGCAUCUCUUGCGAAGUCAUCCAGGGGGCCCACAGUCGUUCCGACCCGAAAUCUCUUAUCUGGCUCCUGGUCCACCAGGGCCACAUGCGGCUACUCCUCCCGGAAAUCACGACCUCUAUCCCGGACAACGUGCGGAUUGUCACUGCUGCUGGCUGGGAAGUCCACCUGGAAGCGGCCGCCGAGCACGGGGCGCGUCAUCGCGCCCGUGCCCCAAAACCAUGCCCGCGUUGCCAAGACGACCCCAUGCGUCGUACCGGCGUCACCACCGGGGUGUUCGGCUUGUACCCUUUUCCAGCUGAGACGGCUGCUUUAGAUUCCCGAGCAGGAGCAUCUUGGUGGGAAGUCGACGAGCCCCCCUUCGAACAAUGGACCCGCGAGGACCUGCAGGAGCUCUUCCCUGGCCAACGGCUCCCUGAGCCCGGCCAACCGCUCCAUUUUCUGGGUGUAUACGUUGACGCCCUCGGUUGGGACAACGCCCCGGAUGUGCCGGUUGGCGCCGCCCUUUUUGUCGGUCCGGCCACUAGCCGCAGCUUCUGCAAUGGCCGUGUGCGCUCUCUUCUUCGCGCAGCUCUCACUCUCUUGCGCCCUCGCCACGUUUGGGUCCUCCUGCCCCGCACGGGCCUCGGCAGCUGGCCUGAGCCUUCCGCCCGCGCCUUGGGGCCUUCUGCCCACCAACACCUGCAGUUUACGCUUGAGCUUGGUCAGCACCAGUUGAACCUGCCCGGGCACUUCACACUUGUUCACCCGUUGACCAGCCCCGUAUGGAAAGAUCCCGCGGCCAUCCAGCUCUUUUCGACAUUUCACCGGGUUCGCCUUCCCGCUUCGCCCAUUGACCCCGUGGCUGCGGCAUUUUGUGGGCCGUCCCCGGCCGCCUACUUGUGCCUGAAAACUACCUCUUCGGCACUGGCUAUCGCCGCUGGGUCGUCCUCAUCCGAGCUGCCGCAUUCCUCUCCCCUUGCCUCCGUUCUCUUCGACGGCGCUGAGGCGUGUUUCGCGCCCGGCGCCGGCCUCCGACGGGCGGGGGGCCCCCUGGCGCCGCCGCUAGACCCGGCGGUUGAGCGGGCAACAAAGGAAUAUCUGGAUUUCUUCCGAAACCGAGCUUUCUCCGCUGAACAUUUCGCGUCUGCUGCUCAGAAAGGAUCGGCUCUUCUAGCAGCAGCCGGUGGAUGGCAGGAAGCCCUCAGGGCUAUCCGCAGGGUUUGGGUGCAAGAACGAGGCGAUCACAUGUCUGGUCUGCACAGUGACUUCUUUGAAGGGCUGGUUCACCCAGCAGUUUUAGAAAGGGCGAGGCAUGUAGCUAUCUGGGGAGUCGAGGCGUCUGCUGACUUAGAGGAGACUACUCGGACCAAGAGUGCGCCUCACCCGAGCUUGAAAGAACACCUCGACGAAGCUGCUGCGCAACUCUGGGACGACGCCAGUAAAGGCCGUUCCCUGCUCUGCUUCGACACCGGCAAGGGCUUGGAAGGGGUUGUAUCAGUCCCAAUGGCCAGGGUCCCCAAGAUGAACCCAGACCGCACGGUCUCUGAUAAGGGUAGGGUCAUCUGGGAUGCCACGCCGGUGAACAGGUAUUGUCACAAGUCUCGGCACCCGCCUGCGCUCCAACCCCGGCACCAGGAGGUCGCCAGAGCGAUACUGUGGUGGAAGCUUCGGUACCCUAGGAUCCGAAUCCUGCUCAGCAAAAAGGACGUAUCAGAAGCCUUCAAGUGGAUCCCGGUUCGGCUUGAGGACUCCAAGCUUUUCGCUGCUGAUCUUCCAGCCGAAUACAGCAAUACUCAGGAAGGUAUCACCAUAGUCUAUGGGUUUUUGACCUUUGGCUGGUGCGGUGCGCCCGGAGAAUACAUGCACUACGCUUGGGUCAUUAAACUGGCUCACGAAGCCUUCGCGCCCGAAAACUCCAGGUGGGAGGAUACAGUCCCAUACCAUUCCUUCGUCCUCAUGGACGACACGGUGCUGAUCGAACCCGAGAUUGGGCUGAGACCGGAAACCUCGGUGGCACUGACGGAGCAUCUGACUCGUGCUGUUCUUGGGGAUGCCAGCAUUAACGAAGGAAAGGAUUGGCUUGAGGGACGGUUGGAAACUCGCAAACUUAUUUGGGGGCUCAUUUACGAUACCCAAGCCAACACCCGAAGCCUGCCAAGUGCCAAGCUGGAAAAGGCGUACCACCUCCUGCACCUGCCUGACUUUGACAGUGGAUGCACUCAUGUCCCGCUGCGCCUCAUCCAAGAGUUGAGAGGCAACCAGCAGUUUUGGUUGGCGGUGCUCCCGGGCCUGAGUCCGUACUUGGGCUGUACGAAUGACCUCCUCGGCCCUGCGGACCCGCAGGGCCUGGCUCGAGCCAAAGGGGAUGAGAAACAACAAAGAGAGACUUGGAACCGAUUUUGGGAAGCCAUUGAGCUUCAACGCUUGUUGGUGGACGUCAGCGCCUCUUGGGAGGUCCGGUUCACUCACCCUCUCAAUGCGGCCCUCUCGGUUUCGGAACUGCUCUCCUUCCCAGGGAUGCAAUCCCAGGUGGUUUGGGCCUGUGGAGAUGCCACUCCAGAAAGGGUGGCGGCAGUUGACUGGCACGGAAAGGUAGCAAUUGUCGAGCCCGCGAGCCUUGUUUGGCAACGAAUCCGCCACUUCUGCGGAGGGGAAGAGAGGACGGACGAGGGGCAGUCGGGACCGGACUCCGAGGAUCGAACCGAUCCCGAUGACGGUCCUCUGAUCUCACUCGCCGAGCUCCUCGCCGUGGUGUCACUCGCCUGCACCCGCUGGACUGCUUGGAGGGGAAAGAUCGUGAUCUACGCGGGGGACAACCAGAAUGUUAUCUCCUGGCUUGAGAAAAGGCAGGCUGGGCCCCCUGCGGCGAGGUUCCUGCUGCAGCUGCUCGCAGCUUUGGAAACUGUCGGAGGGUUCAGGCUGCACGCGAGCUAUGUUCGGACCUACCACAAUCAGGUUGCCGACAGCCUCACGCGUGCCGAAGCACAAAGCAUUCUGGAGGAACAUGAGCUCCGUAAGGUCCCGUUCUCGGAGGUGCUCUUGGGGACUCUCGACAAAGGUUGGACUCGGAGGGCCCUUCUUUGGGAUGGAAUGGACCAUGGAGAUAAGGCUGCAGCCCUCCAAUUAGGGCUCCGAAGGCAUCCAGAGGGUCCGAAUAAGCACCCCUUUCCGCUGAAAGAAGGUCUAGUAUGCGCUGAGAUUGGGGAGGCCGGCCCCUAUGAAAUCGAGCUUGUCUCCAAGGGGCUUAUCGUCCAGAGACACACCCUGGAAGAGGCAAGCCGCCGAGAAUGUGCCCCGGAGCGGUAUGUGUGCCUUUUCCACCCAGGCGGCAGAGGCGAGGUGGCUACGGCUGCUCGCUUCGCCGAACUUGCUGCGAGGUGGGAGCCGGAAGGAGUCUGGGUCGAUUCCAUCACCUCUCAUGGCCCCAGAGCAGCCGAAAGGAUUCUGAAGGAUGCAGGAUGGCAUACCCGUGUCUUCCAAGUCAGCGGCCGAACUCUCCAGGAUCAAUGCUGGUGGAAGCGAUGGAUACUGAUGGCGGUUCCCGCAGAAAAGCACCUGCCUCCAGCACCUUGUCUCACGCUCGACGCGGAACCCGCUACGCCACCCUUGCACACUUACCCCACUGAAUGGUUGCUGGAAGACAAAAGGGUACCAGCCGCCACCUGGAAAAAUGGUCGCCUAAAGCUGGACAGCGCUAUGCCGCACCUGGGUCAGGCUACCCCAAAGCCUCGAGGGACUCUGCAAACCCCAGAAGGUAGGCGUCAUGUUUGUGACCCUUUUAAACCGCUCCCCCAAUUACAUCAUGGGUCAUGGGGUAAUGACAACAAAGAGUCUCUUUUGUUGCUUGGGUACGGUGCUAAUGGCCCUGCGGCGCGCACCAUCACGCCCGGGGAGGCCUUUAGGUUGUUAGGUGGUAGGGUAGAACAACAUCCCAAGGACACCCCAUCCACUGAACUUGCCUUGGGAAGGCUCAUGGGUACCCCCCGCAGCCUGGCUCUAGUAGCGGGCCGUUGGGCGAGUGCUCUGGGGACGGACCGGGGCGCCAGCGGUUGUUGCUUUGAGCCCGAGCAGUCCAGCGCUGCUGAGGCGAAGGUUGAAAGUCAGGAGGCGGACGAAACUCCCGAGGCUUGCUUCGAGCCCGGGAACGCAGAUUCUGAAAGAGUCGGAAUUUGUUCGCUCCCGUGUGAAGAUAAGGCGCGAGCGGCGCUCAUGGCUUGGCUCCAAAGCAGAGGUUGGGAGGCGGAGCGAAGGGCCGGAGGCACCAAGCGCCGUAAGAAAAAGGAAGAGGACUGGAACAUCCAGUUCUCGAAAGCCCUCGCCUCCUGCCUCAGACACGAGGCAGGAAGUGCCGAGUGCCACAUCACGGAGGAUGGAUGGGUCACGAUGGACCACCUGAGAGGGUACCCCCGUGCGAAGCUCCGAUGGCCGGAAAGGUACAUCACUGAGGAGGCGAUUCGGGCCGAAGUGGAAGGCAACUUGAAACAGCGCUUCGUGGUGCGAACGGAUGAGAGCACCGGAAGGAGCUGUGUUGCAGCCUGGUCCGGGCACACCAUACCCGGGGUCGCCGGGCCAGGAGUGUUGGUCAAACCCUCCGAGGUCCCUGCCCUGCUCGUGCAUGGCUCGUACCACAGGCAUACGGCCAGCAUUGUGCAGAAUGGGCUGUCAGCAAGCCGCAGAAUGAUUCACUUGGUUGACCCAGAACGGGCAUCAAACAAGUGGAGGGCCGACCUGGAGACGAGAGUGCCCGUCGACACACGGAAGGCCCAAGAGGCCGGAGUCUCCUUCAGAGUGACGGGUAAUGACGUCUGGCUGGCCGAUGCUGACAUCCCGCCUGAAGCCUUGGGAAAGGUCGUCGCAUGGACUACUGACGAUUUUUGGUUCGCUUCGGAGAGCACUCGCGCCCGAGCCCGACCCGAGCAGGCGUCGCCAGUGCCCUUCCACAAGACAGGCACCGCGGGAGCUGCAGGCUCUGGCUCAAGGCUCCCCGCCUGGCCAUCCGGCAGCCUCAAGCAGGAACAGGACCUGAAGGAGGGCCUUGCUCAGACUGCGACAGGCUUGGCGUCGGCUGUUGCCGGGCUGAAGGUGGAAGAGGGAGAAGAGGAGGUCCAGGUGGACCCACGAACCCUGGAACCAACCGUCGUCACUCUCUCCGAGGCGGAUUGGAACGUAUCGGAAGGGAGUGACAUGGGCCCGGAAGAGCCCUCAGCUCCUGCGACCCGAACAGUGAAGAAAGAAAGCGACCAAGGAUCAGCCGAGGCAGAAAUCAAGCUCGACCCCGGCACGACUGAGCGGGAAGAAAGGCAAGGAGUUGCCGAGGCGCGUCCCGCGCCCGGUACCACCUCUGCCGGAUCGAGCUGGAAACCCACGCUGGUGAAGGAGCAUCAGGACACAGGACCCGGCGAAGGAUGCCCCAAACCAGGGCGUCUCGAACCCAAACAUGAGGAGGGCGCGGAACCCGAGGGCCUCACCCUGGAACGGGUCAAACCGCCGCCCGCAGAGGAGUCAGAGGAGGACUCGCCCAUCGGGCUCCCCGCAAGGUAUCGGCCGGUCGGAAGAGUAGAGCCCGGGCAACCCCAGGAGGAGCGAAAACUGGUCCCGGCGCAGGGUCUCAAGCUUGGCACGGGAAAGGUCAAACUGCUCCAGGCCCUCGCUGAGGCCGAUACUGCCAACUGGGAGAACCUCCAGAGUGCCCUGAAGGAAGCGGAAGGGUCGGGAGGCGAGAAGGCAGCACUGGUUGAAGACCUGGAACGCCUCACCCAGCAGCGAAAGGAAGCCGCUGAAGGAAUCAAGGAAGCCCUUGAAGCAGAGACGCAGAGGGUUCGCCAAUGUGAAGAAGAAGACUCCCGGUAUCUGGAAACUCUGGAUAGCCAGGGUGAGUAUAUGAGAAAGCUUGAACGAUUCAACCCGGCUCGACCCUCCAAGACCGCCAAGGUCCUUAGUUCGGACCGUCUCACUUCGGAGAUUGAAGCAGGAGUCAGCGUCUGGGUGGCGCGCCGCCGAGAAAAGGCGCGUUUGCGGGCCCAGGCUCACAGGGAAGGACUUCAGAGAGGCGCAACCUCGGAAGGAAACACCAAGCACGAACCAAUCGAAACCCCCGAGGGAGCCGAAGAAGCACGUCAACAGGCGGCUCGGAGGGAGAUAGCCGAGUUUCGGGAACAUCUGAGGGAACAAGGCGGUGGGGCGGUACCCAAAUACCGUAGGGCACCUGACUCCCGCCAACGAAAAGCCACGAAGAAAAGAAACCGAGCUGCAAAGGAAGCUGAAACUCGGGCCGCGGCAAAGGGAGCCUUGUCGCCCACGCGCAAUGAUGAUGCAGAACGUGACACCAACCACGCGAUCGCGCAUUUCCAUGGGCAAGAGCACGCCCAUGCUGUGGUUCUUGCCGGGGCCAGGUUGCCCCCGAUUUUAGUUUCCGAGGGGACAGUUCUGCUCGGCCUCGUUCUCCUCACCGGAGUUCUUUUAGGCCUUGCCUGGGGAUCAUGCCGACGCAGCCUUGCCCACAGUCCCGUACGGACUGACCCGUUGGCUUCCUCGUCAAGGGGCAACCUUCCCAGAGCUCCCCACCAGCAGGAAGCUGCGACUGGCAGGCGCACUCAAACCAGUAGCGCCGCGGAGGUUCGCCGUCGCGGCAGUCGAGGCUCGACUUCGAGCCCGGCACCGGACAAUCUUCGGCAAAGGAGCCCGCACCCGUCCCAAAGGGGUCUUGACCGCCGCAGAGCAAACUGGCACAAAGAAGGUUGCUCCCGCACGGGUGCUUCUACCCUUUGGCUUGAAGCAUGCAAAGACUGCGUGAGCAUCUCUGAGGUCGACGACUACCAGGGGAGCGUGGAGGCCACCUGGAACGGAGCCCGCUGGCACAAACCGCAGUGCGGGCAUACCCGAGGAAGGAACGUGGUGCAAUUUGCCCCUUGCCCAGAGUGUGCAAGAGUUGCCGCCCCGUCCCAGUCCCGCGGCUCGAUCAGAGGCCCAAGGCGCAACAACGAUGCUGAAAGGGACACGAAUCAUGCCAUCGCGCACUGGUUCCUCCUGGCGAUAGCGCUGGGCCUGUACCUGGCCGGUGUCUGCUGGCACUGGGGUGAACCUUGCGGGGGCCCACAAGAAGGACAGGAAAGGACCCGUGUGGGGGGUCCGAGUGGCCGCAAGGUUCGAUUCGAACCCUACCACGAGACCCUCGCGGCAGCCGGAUCUCCCACCAGUCAAGCCACGGGUAAGAAACAGAGUAUUGAGAAGCCGAGGCGGCUAGGUAACCCUCAGGCUGCUAGGGCAGCGCAAGGGGUGACUGGACCCACGCUGGGCCUACGCUUGAAGUGCAAAGAAGAUUAUCACGAGGAAGCCAUUCGUGUCGCCCUUGACCGCCUCGCCAUCUCUACCCGGCGGACUUAUGAAUCUCAACUUAAGUGGUGGAGGCUUUUUUGCGCUCGUAGAGGAGUCAGUUGGAUUCUCACUGGCCCCUCCAGCAAUAAGACGGAAGAAACACUCCUCAUCGACUUUCUCCUGCAUUGUGCCUGCAAUGAAGGGCGCGCACCGGGAACGCUGAAGCUUCGGCUGGCCGCAGUGCGCAGCGUCCACCUUUCACUCGGCAUGGAAGAUCCCUUGGAAGGCCGAGGAAGAGUUGCCAUGGCACUGGCCGGCCUACGAAGGCGUUACAAGGUUCCUGAAAGGAGGGCACCAGUGACCCCCAGGAUGCUCCACUAUCUACAUGAUCGCCUCCGUGGCUCGUCUUCGAGCCCGGAGUCUGUGCUCCUGUGGGCCGGGAUCUGCCUUGGGUUCUUCUUUCUGUUGAGGGCCUCUGAAUUCCUUCCCCUUGGUUACCUUCCUCUUUCGAGACACCUGAAGGGCCACCAGGUACUGCUGUACUCUCAUGGCAACCUGUGCACUAUCAGCAACCUGGUAGAGGCCGAUGAAGUUCGGGUCAAGCUCGUCGGCAGCAAGACCAAUUACAACUUGGAAACAAAUCGCAAUCACUACCGAACUGGAAACCAAGCUUGCCCAGUAGAAUCGGUUGUCCGGCUGUUCCAGAAAUUCCCAGAGAGAUAUCUGGGCGGCUGCGAAGCUACAGAGCCGCUCUUUAGGACUCCCUCGGGAGAGGGAGUCCAAAGGGAGGCGAUCCAGAUGCUGCUGAGAGAAGCCGCUUGCCAAUGUGGUGUGGGUGGAACGAUUGGUUCGCACUCAUUACGUUUUGGUGGUGCAAGCGCGCUAUGGACGGCAUUUAAAGACGCAUCUGUGGUGAGAAGGUUUGGACGUUGGGCGAGCGACGCUUUCCACUCCUACUUGUGGGAAGACCGGGAAUAUUCCCGGGGAAUGGCAGCAUCUAUGUUGAACACUGACCUCGCACCGAC